GGGGCCUGGCGCGGGCUUCUUCAGCGGGCGCGCGGCCUGCGCCCGGGAGCGGGGACGGAGGCGAUGGGCCGCGGCUGGGGCCUGCUCGUCGGUCUCCUGGGCGCCGUGUGGCUGCUGCGCUCGGGCCACGGCGAGGAGUGGCGGCCGGAGACGGCGGCGCAGCGCUGCUUCUGUCAGGUUAGUGGUUACCUGGAUGACUGUACCUGUGAUGUCGAGACCAUUGAUAAGUUUAAUAACUACAGACUUUUCCCAAGACUACAAAAGCUUCUUGAAAGUGACUACUUUAGAUAUUAUAAGGUAAACUUGAAGAAGCCAUGUCCUUUCUGGAAUGAUAUCAACCAAUGUGGAAGAAGAGACUGUGCUGUCAAACCCUGUCAUUCUGAUGAAGUUCCUGAUGGAAUUAAGUCUGCGAGCUACAAGUAUUCUGAAGAAGCCAACCUCAUUGAAGAAUGUGAACAAGCCGAAAGACUUGGAGCAGUGGAUGAAUCUCUGAGUGAGGAAACCCAGAAGGCUGUUCUUCAGUGGACCAAGCACGAUGAUUCUUCAGACAGCUUCUGUGAAGUUGACGACAUACAGUCCCCUGAUGCAGAGUAUGUGGAUUUACUCCUUAACCCUGAGCGCUACACAGGCUACAAGGGCCCAGAUGCUUGGAGGAUAUGGAGCGUCAUCUAUGAAGAAAACUGUUUUAAGCCACAGACAAUUCAGAGGCCUUUAAAUCCUUUGGCUUCUGGGCAAGGAAAAAAUAAAGAAAACACAUUUUACAGCUGGCUAGAAGGCCUCUGUGUAGAAAAGAGAGCGUUCUAUAGGCUUAUCUCUGGCCUACAUGCAAGCAUUAAUGUACAUUUGAGUGCAAGGUAUCUUUUACAAGAUACUUGGCUGGAAAAGAAAUGGGGUCACAAUGUCACAGAGUUUCAGCAGCGCUUUGAUGGCAUUCUGACUGAAGGAGAAGGUCCAAGAAGGCUGAAGAACUUGUACUUUCUGUACCUGAUAGAGCUAAGGGCUCUCUCUAAAGUGCUUCCAUUCUUUGAGCGUCCAGAUUUUCAACUCUUCACUGGAAAUAAAGUUCAGGAUGCAGAAAACAAAGUGUUACUUCUGGAGAUACUUCAUGAAAUCAAGUCAUUUCCUUUGCAUUUUGAUGAGAAUUCUUUUUUUGCUGGGGAUAAAAAUGAAGCACAUAAACUAAAGGAAGACUUCCGACUACAUUUUAGAAAUAUUUCGAGAAUCAUGGAUUGUGUUGGUUGUUUUAAGUGUCGACUGUGGGGAAAGCUUCAGACUCAGGGUUUGGGCACUGCUCUGAAGAUCUUGUUUUCUGAAAAGCUGAUCGCAAACAUGCCAGAAAGUGGACCAAGUUAUGAAUUCCAGCUAACCAGACAAGAAAUAGUAUCAUUGUUUAAUGCAUUUGGAAGGAUUUCUACAAGUGUGAGAGAAUUAGAGAACUUCAGGCACUUGCUACAGAAUGUUCACUGAGAAGGAUGGUGAAAAGUUCCUGUUUCUGCACAGGGGGAGGCCCAAGGGCCGGUUCUGUGACCAUCAAGAUUGCAAUGACCGUCUUAAGCCAAAUGUUUAUAUAAAGCUGCUUUUGUAAAAAAGAAAGAAAGAAAUACAUUGUUUUAAGUAAAUGACAUUUUUUAAAGCUGUGUUCAUGUUUAAUAUUAUUGUUAAUAAAAAUGUAUUUUGGUAAUGUAUAGAUUUUAAUACUAAGCAAAAGUAAGAACCCAGAUUCCCCCAUGAUAAAGCUAGGUGAAUGAUGGUUUAAGCCUCUCAAACUAAGCUGCAUUUAAGAAGAUACAGUAAGAAUAAAGCUAAGGUGACGAGGACAAGUGUUUGACAGUGAAAUUCUAAGAGGCUCACCAAUAACUGUGGUCAUCUGCCUAAAAACAGUGCUUUUUCAUUUGCCUCGUUUGCAAAGAAAAUAGAGAGUGCCCACUUAGAUUUGAAUUUUAGAUAGGCAACUAGUUUUCUUUUAAAUAGAAGUAUGUUAAAUGCAGUAUUAGGGCCAUGUUUAUACUAAAAAUUAUUUGUUUGAAGUCCAGAUUUAACUGGGAGGCCUGAAUUUUUCUGGAAACCUUAAAGUACACUGGUAUGAAACAUUCCUUUUAGAGUGAUGUAGCUAUUUUGAUUGUGCUGAUUUGGUUAUGUAGGGAAGUAGAACAAUUCAAAGGCACAGAUUUCUAGACAUUGUUGAAAGGUGAAUAAAUUAUAUAUUUAUUCUCAUAAUAUUUCCCCUAAUAGUAAAUUUUUGGGGAAAUUCUUAUUUUUAUAUAAUUUCAUAUUUACAGAAAAGCUUCAAAAAUAGUAAAAAAAAAUCUGUUUAAUUCAGAUUUAUGGAUUGUUCACUUGUUUUCACCACUUACCCCACCCUAUAAGAUGCCUGCAUCUCUGAGCUGUGUCCUCAGGCCUUGCUUAUCUCCUAUGUAGACACAGAUAUCCUGUUUUUAUUUAACUGUUGGAAAACUGGUCAUGGGUAUCAUGCUUUAACCCGAAAUACUUCAGUGUGAUGCUCAGUAAUUUCCUAAAAAAAAUUUUUUUAAAGGAAAACCCAAAUCUUACAAAUCCAAGCUAAACUACUAUAAGCCUUAAAAUGAGGAAAUGUCCCAUGUCCCAGUCAUCUGAAUUUUUUUUUUGUCUUUUUUUGACCUGUCUUGAUCAUAGGGUAUACAAUUCAUGCUUUUUUUUAAUACAUGGAACUCAUGGAAUUAUAACUUGGGUAGAUUUUCAUUAGUGGAAGCUCUUCCACUAAUGAAACAAUAUUUGAAGUGGUUUAAGAAUUUAUAUCACAUGGCAAUUAUAAAUACUGUAUACCUCAAAAUUAUGCACCCUUUAUUAUAGAUAUGUAUCAUCUGAGAAGUUAGAACAGGUUGAGAUGUCACAUAAUCCUAGCAGGAUUUAUAUAUGUAAUGGCUAGGAAUGUCAGUUUACACUGCUGUGUAUUUUUUCUGUCCCCAACAUACAGUUGGUGUCUAAUAUUUGUUGAUGGAAUAUGUAUGCAUUUAGUAUACUUUAAGUGAAUGAUGAUAUAACUGUGCUAAAAAAUGUGUCCUAUUUUUCUUUCCCUCUCAUUUUUUUUUCUUUUGAAUAGGGUAAUAAAUGAAAAAUAUCAACCCACUAAUUAGGUCAGUUUUCUUUGGGGCUUAAAGUACUAAGUGACCAUCACAUAUAAAGGUAUUUAGCAGCCAGCCCUUUUGAAAACCUCUUUGCUUUCACUUGCCGUUUCCCAUUUGAGUGGCUCUGUGUCUUCUGUCCCUCUUCAUUCUGAGUCUACAGUUAACCAAGCCAUUUCUUAAUUGUUAAGAAAUCUUAGUAUCUUAACUUUUCCUAUACUUGACACUAUUGACAGUCCUUUCCUUCAAGUCCCUCUUCCUUUGUGUCCUUGCAUUUGACUUGCUCCUGGGUAUCUUCUACCCUCUGCAUUUAACCAAAUAGCAUUCCUCAGAUAUUUUCCUUCUUGCUGUCAAUCAGUAGAUCCCAUCCUUGGGGGAUUUCCAUUAAGUGAUUUUAUUUUAGCUUAGACUUCUCAGUCUGUUUUCCUCCUGUGCUCACUUGGCUACCCGAUUGUCACUUCUGCAUUUUCAAGGACUUGGUCUCCACAAACCUACUCUUAUGUUUGUGUUCCUUCCUUGGUUCAUUUCAGAACCAUUGCAGUUACAUUACAAUUCAUUCCUCUAUCCUCCAUCGAUAUUGGUGUCUAAGUUGUGCUGACUUUACACUCACGUUUCUGAUAUAGCAUCUUCUUUCAGUUUUUAUUACUGCUACCCAAAGGACUACCGAAGUCUAGUUCCCCAUUUCUUUGCUGGUCUACAUUACCAGAUUGGACUGUCUAGAAACAGUCAGCCUAAUAUCUGCUGGCAAUUUUAUGAGCUUUCUGGUGGGAGUCUUUGCUUGAUACCCAAGAGCUGCCUCUUGUCUUUGCUAUUCUGUUCUGAUGAGAGUGUUAAAAGUCUUCCAAGGAAAAGUCCAAAGUUGGUUGCCCUUCAAACCUGAGUAGAUACCAUAUUUGCAUUGAGAGCCCUAGGCUUCUGCAUCUGGGAAAUUACUGCAUUCUUGAAAAUCUGUGAAAGUACCCGUCCCUUCCCUAUGGUCACCACUGUAAUUGCAACCUACCUCUACUGAAUCACUUACUGUACUGUAUGUUUUAUUUUUUAAAAAGUGUCCUUUACUAGAAUGUGAGCUCCUUAGGGGCAGGAAAAGAAACUGUUCAUUUUGGUAUCUCUAUAGUAUCAUGUUUGGCAUAUGAGCAUCUAAUAAAUGUUAGUUGAGUAAAUUGCUUCACAGUGACAGCUGUACCUUCACUGCCUUUGCUUCACAGAAGGAUCAGUAGACUUUAGGGGGGGCAAUAAAGAUGGAGAUAAUUUAAAAUUU